GCCGAGCGACUGGUCCACCCUCGCCUCAGUGGCAGAGAGGACGAAGCUCCCAGCAUCAAGGGCGUUCUCCGGGCAUGAGGCUGGAGGGGCGACGGUGGUGGUCAGAUUUUAAAGUGGCACGUCUUUCACCAGAAAGGCUCCUCGAUGCAGUGGAAUGUUUCGGUGCAUCCAGUUAAGGCCAACCCAUGAAGACAAGGAGUCGACUCACCUGCUGCCCACCAAAGUCUGUUUCCCCCGCUGCUGAGCGCUUGCGAUACAUCCUUGGUGAAGAUGAUGAUGGCCCCACACCCACGCUCUUCACGGAGAUGGACACCUUGCAACAUGACGGGGACGAGCUGGAAUGGAAGGAGUCAGCCAGAUGGGUGAAGUUUGAAGAGAAGGUGGAGGAGGGUGGCGAGCGUUGGAGUAAACCCCACGUCUCCACGUUGUCCCUGCACAGCCUGUUUGAGCUGCGGACAUGCCUGCAGACGGACACCGUGAUGCUGGACUUGGAUGGAUAUUCAUUGCCACAGAUCAUAGAUGAUAUAAUCGACAAGCAGAUUGAAGAUGGACUCAUUCAGCCUGAUGUACGGGAACAGAUCUCCUUCAUCCUACUGAGAAAGCACCGACACCAGACAAAGAAACCUAUCCAUCGCUCCCUGGUGGACAUUGGGAAGUCAUCCACAACAUCAUCAGGACAUGCUCAAAGCAGAAGCAUGAAUGACAUUGCCGACAGUCCCAGCACUGACCAGCUCAAGAACAAGUUCAAGAAGAAGAUACCUCGUGACUCGGAAGCCUCAAACAUCCUGGUGGGAGAAGUGGACUUCCUGGAGAAACCCUUUGUCGCUUUUGUCCGUCUCCUGCAACCGACCAUGUUGGGUGGGCUGACAGAGGUGGCCGUACCAACAAGGUUUAUUUUUAUUCUGCUGGGCCCCCAAGGAAAAGGCAAAUCUUACAGCGAGAUUGGAAGAGCUAUGGCCACUCUUAUGGUGGAUGAUCUCUUCAGUGACGUGGCUUACAAGGCGAGAGACAGAGAUGACCUGAUCGCGGGCAUCGACGAGUUCCUCGAUGAGGUCAUCGUCCUUCCUCCUGGCGAAUGGGAUCCCAAAAUCCGGAUCGAACCUCCCAAGAAAGUGACAUCAGCCGAGAAGAGGAAGUCCGUCUACUCUCUCAACGAGGCGGGCCAGAUGAACGGAUCAGCGGGAUGUGGCGGGGCAAGCGAUGACGAGGAGAUGCCUGUACCACAUGAGCUCGGGGAAGAGUUGAUCUGGACGGGAAGGUUCUGUGGAGGUCUGAUGCUGGACAUCAAGAGGAAGCUACCCUGGCUGUCCAGCGACUUCUACGAAGGCUUCCACAUCCAGUCCAUCUCCACCAUCCUCUUCAUCUACCUGGGCUGCAUCACCAACGCCAUCACCUUUGGCGGGUUGCUGGGCGAUGCCACGGACAACUACCAGGGCGUGAUUGAGAGUUUCCUGGGCACUGCGUUUACCGGUGCGGUCUUCUGUCUUUUCGCUGGGCAGCCGCUCACCAUCCUGAGCAGCACUGGCCCCAUCCUCAUCUUCGAAAAGCUGCUGUUUGACUUCAGCAAGGGUAAUGGCAUAGAUUACCUGGAAUUUCGACUCUGGAUUGGUCUCCACUCCGCCUUCCAAUGCCUCCUUCUGGUGGCCACAGACGCCAGCUACAUUAUUAAGUACAUCACGCGUUUCACGGAAGAGGGCUUCUCCAUGCUCAUCAGCCUCAUCUUCAUAUACGACGCCAUCAAGAAGAUGAUCGGAGCCUUCAAGUACUACCCCGUCAACUCCUUCUACAAGCCCGACUAUGUGACCAUGUACAAGUGUGAGUGUGUAGCUCCAGACACAGCGAACACAACCUUCUUCAACGCUUCAGAUUCGCUGGCAUUUAACAACACUAAUAUUUAUUUGUACAAUGUUGGCAACAACACAGCCCUCGACUGGAGCCAGCUCAGCAAGAAGGAGUGCCUGAAGUACGGUGGCAGCUUGGUUGGCAAGUCCUGCAAAUAUGUCCCAGACCUGGCCCUCAUGUCCUUCAUCCUCUUCUUCGGCACCUACUCUCUGACCACGACCCUCAAAAAGUUCAAGUCCAGCCGUUAUUUCCCAACCAAGAUCCGGGGCCUGAUCACUGACUUUUCCACGGUUAUCUCCAUCCUUGUGUUCUGUGGGAUCGAUGCUGCAGUCGGACUGGAUACCCCCAAGCUGCAUGUCCCCAACAGAAUCAAGCUCCGCAAACUCAUCAGUGACUUUUCUAUCUUCGCGACUAUUCUGAUAUUUGUUGGGAUUGAUAUGCUUUUUGGACUCAACACACCAAAGCUCCAAGUGCCGACGGAACUGAAGCCAACACGUGCAGACAGAGGGUGGUUUGUUGUUCCCUUUGGGAAAAACCCAUGGUGGAUCUACCUGGCCAGUGCCCUGCCAGCUCUCCUCGUCACCAUCCUCAUCUUCAUGGACCAACAGAUCACUGGAGUGAUUAUAAACAGGAAGGAGAACAAGCUGAGGAAAGGCGCUGGUUACCACCUGGACCUGUUCUGGGUUGGUCUGCUGAUGGGCGCCUGCUCCUUCAUGGGGCUGCCCUGGUACGUGGCAGCCACUGUGAUUUCCAUCGCCCACAUUGAUGGCCUGAAAAUGGAAACUGAAACCAGCGCGCCAGGAGAACAGCCGCAGUUUCUCGGGGUGAGGGAACAAAGAUUUACCGGUUUUGUUGUCUUCAUUCUCACGGGAGUUUCCGUCUUCCUCGCUCCAGUUCUGAAGUACAUUCCAAUGGCCGUACUUUACGGAGUCUUUCUUUACAUGGGCGUGGCCUCAUUAAAUGGUAUUCAGUUUUGGGAUCGAUGCAAACUCUUCCUCAUGCCUUCGAAGCACCAGCCUGACUACAUCUACCUACGCCACGUGCCCCUUCGACGGGUCCACCUAUUCACCUUGGUACAAGUCAUCUGCCUAUCUGUCCUCUGGAUCUUAAAGUCCACUGUGGCUGCCAUCAUUUUCCCCAUUAUGAUCCUUGCGCUCAUCCUCGUGCGGAAGAUGCUGGAUCUAGUCUUCACCCAGCACGACCUGGCCUGGUUGGACGACAUCCUCCCGGAGAAAGACAAGAAGAAAGAGGAAGACAAGAAGAAGAAAAAGGUGAAGAGCAAAGACCAGGACAGGAACAGCGUUGAUGAGGAGAAAGGUCCUCCAAUUGGAGCUGUACAUGCUGAGAUAUCACCGAGCAACUCUGACUCACUUGAUCGCAGUAUAACUCUACACCUCAAGAUUUCCUGCCCACCCUCGCCUGCUUUCAGCCACGCCCGGAACACCAUCUGCUCAGUUCCGCAGUUCAAGAUCGAGAUGGAGUCCGAUUACAACGACGCAAACACAGAGAGGGGCCGGAGAGACCUGAGCGGCGAGACCACCUUGUAGCCUGCUCGGCAACCCCCCUCCCCUCCCCUUCAGCAUUGCGACAGGUCCCACCAACGAGACUUUGGUAGCUCCCGGACCUUGCGGAGUGCUGACGAGCCAAGUGUUUGUGUGUGUCCAUCCCACCCGAGAACUGCACUCUCUCCGCAUCUGAGUAUGUCUUGCAAGCGAAGACGUCUAUGCAUUCUGUGCCCUGCUUUAACUGUGCUGUGUAAAAAAUGUUUUAACGGACAAAGACUUUAUUAUUAAAAGGCUAGGAAACAACAGGUAGUGCCACUCAGACGAGAUGGCAAGAGAUCCCAGGCAUUAGGAAGUUGCUUUGAGCAAUUGUAAGUUCUCUUUUGACAUUUAACUUGGAUGUUUUGAAGAGGUUGACCCUGAUGUACAUGCAUCGUUUGCCCUGGUUUUUUGCCUAGCUUUCCUUUACAAGACCCGUACCAUUAAAAGUGGGUCUUGCCUGCUCUAUGCAUGUCUGCAGGGUUGUUUUGAUGGUGAGAGCAUUCUGCUUUCCCAACAAAAAAAAUAUUUUUAAUCAUAUUGCACUUUGCGCAAAGUAGGCAGAACUUAAAUGGUCUGUCAAGUAGCUAUUAACCAUCCAGUAGAUUAUAAUGUGGCUGCUUAAAGAUUCCUAGAUGUAUCAUUUGAUUCAUGUUAUUCCUAUUUAAGCACCACAAAUGUGGAAAUACUUGAUGAAAAUUCUUUACAGAUUAAGAAUGCUCUACAAAAAUCAACCAUGUUUUUUCUUUACUCCUUUUUUUUAAUUUAUUUUGUAAUUGUUCUGUAUGAAAUUACAAUUACCUGUAGAAAGUACCAGGCAAAUUAACACAGGGACCUUCCCCAAUUUAACUUCGUGCUUGGUGAGGAAUUGCAUGGCAAUGGUCCCAUGGGUAGACCUGGAAGCACCAAGAGUUGCAGAUGCUGGAAUCUUGAGCAGAACACAAACAGCCGGAGGAACUGAGGGGCAGGUCAGGCAGCAACCGGGGGAGAGAAUGGACAGCCAAUGUUUUGUUGUCGUGACCUUCCUUCAGACUGAUGGAGCAGGAUUGACCCAAAACAUCAGCUGUCGUUGUCCGUGACUUUUUUCACCCAGAGAGUUGUGAAUCUGUGGAAUUAGAAACAGAGAAAAUAGGUGCAGGAGUAGGCCAUCGGCCCUUCAAGCCUGCACCGCCAUUCAAUAUGAUCAUGGCUGAACAUCCAACUCAGUAUCCUGUACCUGCCUUCUCUCCAUACCCCCUGAUCCCAUUAACCACAAGGGCCACAUCUAACUCCCUGUUAAAUAUACCCAAUGAACUGACCUCAACGAGCUUCUCUGGCAGAGAAUUCCACAGAUUCACCACUCUCUGUGUGAAAAAUGUUUUUCUCAUCUCGGUCCUAAAAGAUUUCCCCCUUAUCCUUAAACUGUGACCCCUUGUUCUGGACUUCCCCAACAUCGGGAACAAUCUUCCUGCAUCUAGCCUGUCCAACCCCUUAAGAAUUUUGUAAGUUUCUAUAAGAUCCCCCCUCAAUCUUCUAAAUUCUAGC